CCCCCAACCCCAAGAACCCAAACGCAUCGAUCCACGCCGGCCGCCUCCCCACCUGCGAGCCCGUCCGACGGAACCGAAUCCAGCCCAUCGCCAUCUUGCCCUCUCGCCGCAAUCAAAACCUUCCUUUCCUUCCUUGCCUGCCUCUCUGCCGCCAGGAUCAUCACAGCCCCGAACCAACCCCAAUCUCCACCUUUCUUUCCUUUCUUGGCCGCCGCCGCCGCCGCCCGCCAUGGUGCACUGCAAGCAGCCGCGCACGAGGCCCCAAGACGCCGUCGGUGUCCCCGGGGCCGCCGGUCGCGCGCGCGCCGGGGGCGGGGGCCAGGCCGUGGCGGCGGACCCCGGCUACAUGCGGCCGACCAGCAGCUCCGGCGCCAGGGCCGGCCAGGAGGUUGCGUCUGCGGCUGCGGUGGCCUCCGCACCCGCCGCGCAGCCGGUGGGGACCAAGGCGGCGGGGCUCGGCUUGGCCACGCCGCGCGCGGCCAGGCCGACGUGCGCCUCCGCCCAGAAGAGCGCCCGCGGCGGCGACGGAGGCGGGGGCUGCGAGGGGCACCGCGCGUGCCGGUACGCCUACUGCUCCUUCAAGGGCCACGCGGCCGCGGCGCCGCCGCUGGGGGCCUUCUUGGCGGCGCGGAGGGGCCUGAUCAAGACGGAGCAGAGCAUGAAGCACAGGGGCGUCUCCGCCUUCCGCGACCCCAAGACCAAUCCCACCAGCAAUGCUGUCGCCGGCAAAGGGGCCGGGCUCUUCGUCCAGGUGGCGUGUCCCGGCGCCGGCGCCCGCCCCAAGACGGCGAGCUCGGGGUCCUGCUGCAGCGGCCUCUCCGCCGAGGAGGUGGAGUCUCCCUACGUCAACUUCGGCCGCCGGAGUCUCCGGGGUGGGAAGACGGACAGGUGGGGCGCCUCGGUGGACGGCUCCUGCGGGUCCAGCGACGUCAUCUCCGAUGGCUUCGCCGACCUGCCGGGGACGACGAGUUCUCCCAGAGGCAAAGGGGACAUUGGUCAGGAGGGGAAGGCUUCUUGGGUCCAUCAAGAAGAAGCAGAGGAGGACUCUGUUGACUGCAGGUCUGAUAUCUCGGAGGAGCUGGGCGCUAGAUACGAAUGCAACAACAUGUCUAAAGAUUGCGGCGGUGGUGGUGGCUCUUCAGUGGAAUCCUCAAUGGAUGACAUAUCCAGUGCAUUUGGUGGGAUGAAUUUCCAAGAUGUAGGUGCUGAUGCCGCGGCAACCAGCCAGGGAAACAAGCUGACCAUGUCCAGGAGAAGGACACCUAGAGGCGGGGAACGAAUCCGGGCAUUCAACCCCAGGGCCCCGAACUUUCUUCCGGUGGUGCCUGAUCCAGAUGCUGAAAAGGUUGAUCUCAGGCAUCAGAUGGCUGAUGAUCGGAAGAAUGCCGAGGAAUGGAUGGUUGAUUAUGCACUUCGGAGGACAGUGAACAAGUUGGCCCGUGCUCAGAAGAGGAAGGUGGAGAUGCUUGUCCAGGCCUUUGAAACUGUUCUGCCACCAGUCCUGGGGGAGAAAAAGCCCGACGACAAGAAAAGCUUUGCCUGCCACUUAUAGAUUUUAGAGUUUGAGGUUCAACCUGGAGCAGAUGAUGGUAACUGGGGUUCUAAUUUGGUGGUCACUGCAAUAUUUGUGCCAGAGACCUGCUCAGCAGGAUAGAUAGCUGCUCACCAGCACCUGAGAUCUUGUGCUCAUAGCGCAGUUGUACUCGAGAGCCGCUAGCGGUCUCGCUCACUGAGUCAGCUGGUUAGUGUA